AUGGCGGAUUUCGACCCCACAGACUACGACGGUCAAAAUGCUGAUGAUCCACUGAACGAGGGGGAGGAUGAGCUUGGCAAGGGUCCACAAGUGGCUUGGACACAGGAAAGAGACAUGUCGACUGGAUAUUUGCAUGCUCUGCCAAAGGAUAUCGUCCAGCUAAAGGACGCUGUGCUUUUUGUCAUUGACUGCUCAACACCCAACGCCUUGAAGCCAUUGAAGGUUGGUGGGCGAUGCCUUGUAGCAUGCUGGGUCCCAGCGGAGAGAUGCUGGAGCGGAUCGCAGAGCGGCCUUCAAAGCGGCCACGAAGAAGCCUUGGAAACGGAAGCUCCGACGGAGAUUUGGCCAGUUCCCAAGGCUCCAAGAAGCAGCUCCACAAGAGACGAUUGCUUCCACUCUAGCUUCGUCAACGCCAUUUGUGCCAAGCACGGCAACGGCAUCAAGGCCUUAGUGGAUGCCUGGGACGCUGAUGGCACGAAGUACCACUACAUUGCAUCGAUGAGCCAGGAUGACAUUGAUCCAGUCCCGAUCCCGGAGAAAAUCGAGCCUGUGAAGGACAGGCGGGUCAACCGCUUCUUCAGGAAGUUCGGGCACAGACACUUCUUGUUUGUGAAGAGGGAGACUUGCCCUCGCUUCAGGUUACCGGACCGGCUGAAGCCAUUCCGUCUCUUUGGCCGUGACUGGGAGCUGCUGGGAUCAAGGCAGCCAAAGAAAGGCCGUGUCAGCAGUGAUGGUGAUGUGGAUAGACGCCACACAUUCAUAUUUUGGAGCCACCUAGACCGCGAGCCUCGGCUUUCUGCAGCCACAGUUCGAGGAUUGCAUAUACCCCGAGAGCUGCCCAGUCCGGGGCCAGGGUCGAUUGAACGACGUUGCGACAAACACUUCUUUUGUCGCUGGUUGGCUGAGAAGCAUCAUGCGAUGGUGCAAACUCCAGAGCAAGAACUCCUACAGAAAGGCAAGUACAUGGCUCGCUUCAAACUUGGCUGGACAGAUGCAAUUCCCACUCGCUACAUUGACCCAGAGAAAAUUUUGGAGGAAUCAGACCUCAAAGCGUCCAACGGCUGUGUGCUGUCAGACGGAUGUGGUCGCCUUGGACUAUCGUUGGCAAACGAGAUCAGGGAAGAUUUGAACUUGAGCUACAUUCCUGCAGUGUUUCAAGCCAGAAUUGGCAGUUGCAAAGGUUUGUGGGUGGUGGACUUUGACAUGGAUGAGGAUAGCAUUGAGAUCCGGAAGAAGCAAAGCAAAUGGGACAUGAACUGGCAUGCUUGUGACAAAGAAGAUCGAUGCUUCGAAGUGAAGGACUGGUCAAGGCAGCAAGCAGCUGAAGGUGUCUUCAAUGUGCAGCUUAUUCCGAUUUUGGAAGCCCGCGGGGUGCCAGCAGACAUUUUUUUGAAGCUUGCAAACGACGAGGUGGGUGAAAUUGGCACGACCUUGGGAGGUAGUGGCGGAGACAUUGCCAAAUCCCUUCCAGUCUACGACGCUGCCGACCCCAACAGAACGCAAAUCGCCUUGCAGAUGAUUGACGCUGGCAUAGACGUGAGGAGCGAGCCAGCUGCUUUCAAAUGGUGCGCGGGCUACUUGCAGGGCAAAGUGAAAAGUUUGCGAGACAAGAAACACUACAAGUGUCCUGAGUCUUGGCGUGCCUUCAUCAUCCCAGACUUCAGUCAGCAGCUGGGGCCUCAAGAGGCCAUAUUCUGGGUUUCAGACAGCAUCGGAUACUUGGAGGGCGAGGCACUGGUGGCCAGAAACCCUUGCACGGCGCCAUGGGACGUGCAGAAGCUGACAUUCCUGGGUGAAAAAGAGAUUCGCCGACGCUUUGGUUCCAUGGGCCCUCGCUUUAAGCACAAUUGCGUGGUGGUUUUGUCUGCAAGUCCAGACUGCAUAGUUUCUCCUGCAGAUGUGCUGGCAGGAGGAGAUUACGAUGGUGACAACGUUAUUGUGAUCUUCAACAAGGAUAUCGUCAAACAUUUUGGCACAUGCGAUCGCAACGAAAGCAUCCAGCAUGAAGUCAAACAACUGGUUGAUCGCAUCGUUGAAAAUGAAACUGCCGCUUCCAGCGUCAAAAGGGACACGGUUCAUGGGCUGUGUGACGAGCACUGGCUCGGCUCUGAGAACUCAGUCUUAACAGCAAAGACAGCAGAUUGGUGGACAGCAAUCUCUGAUGAAAAAGGGGUGGACCACCCUCAUGCUGUGAAACUGGGACUCCUUCACCAGCUGGCGCUUGAUUCGAAGCUCCCGUGCGACAAGGUGCCGAGUGAGAAGUUUAUCGAGCAGAUUGGCCGAGAAUUGCAAAUACCGCCCCUGGAUCAGGCUGCAAUGCCACAUUGGCAUACCCGUGAGUCUGCCAAGGCGAGGGGACGUAUCAGACAAUCUCACCGAGUCCUCGGCCGUUUGCAGAACGAAGUGGUGCCGGAAUUUGUGGCCAGCGGCUGGAAGAAACAGUAUGGUGGUGACCUCUACCAGGCUGUGUUUCACAGAGCCGCACUGGAUGCAAAACCUCCCCAUGCAUUAGAAUGGCCAUCGGAUGGUACCUACACAUCCCGCGCAGAAUCUGACCUGCAAGACUAUUACGAGAAGAGAAAAGUGGAGAAGAUGACAGAUGACGGGUUCAGCAAGCUGAAAGAAUUUUGCAAGGAUGAGUAUUUUAAAAGGUCCGGGUGCAAUUCUGAAGACCAGAAACGCGCAUAUGCCGUUGCGUUCUACCACGGGCAGUACCAGCAUUUUCUGAGUGAAUUUAACAGAAAAAAGGACAUCACUGAAGAGCAACUCGAAAAGUUUCUCCUACCAGCUUGGGAGCUCUUUGCACGCGAGUUGUGCCAUGUCCACAUGUUGCUUACUAUAGGAUCUAGUGGCAUUUGCCUCAUGUCCAAGGAAGCGCUUUCCACUGCAGCCGGCGUUUUGAAGACCAAGGUCAUCACUGCACCAGAUGACAAAGUGGGGGUUCUUCUAUAUGGCGUGAAGGAGAAGCAGAAUCCCAACAAUUUCGAUGGCAUUCGGUUGCUGCACGACCUCGACCGCCCUAGCGCUCAGCGAAUAAAGGAGCUUGAGCAAGAAGCCAGCCGGACUUCAAAACAGAUGGAGGAACGAUAUGGCUGUGGGAGGCCCACACCUGUGUCAGAUGUUUUCUGGACUUCUACAACCAUUUUCAAUCUGGGUGCCAACCAGGCGCAGUUCGACAGUCGCAUUUUUCUCUUCACUUGCAACGAUGCUCCUGCAGCAUCUGCAGACGAAGCACAUGCAGCGCGCACACGUGUCCAGGACCUCAUGGACAUGGGCGUCGAGAUUGAGUUCUUUCCGCUUCAGUUUGAGGAGAAGGAAUUUUCCAUUGAUCGUUUUUGGGGCGGCUUGCUUCCAGUGGAUCCAAUGGACUACGUGACCCGCGCCACGCUUCGCUUGGAGCAGCUGGAGCGGCGGAUCCGUAUGAGAAUUCACCGGAAGCGGACCUUGCAACGGCUCACAUUCUAUGUAUGCCCAGGAAUCGAGGCAUCCGUCUCAGUCUUUGUCACACUGCUGGAAGCAAAAGUUCCUGCUCCCAUCUACCUGCUGAAUGAGAACAAUAAGCCAUUGAAAGCUGAGUGCAAGCAAAUCUGCGAACAGACUGGUGCUUUGCUACAUCCAGUGGAUGAUAUCGCAACUUAUGUGGAGGUUGCUGGUCAUCGGAUUCCGGUGAGCCGUGCUGAAGCUAUGGAGGCAAAGCACUUUGGAGAUCCUGGAUUGAGACUCCUUGGCUUCAAGCCAUCCAAUCUCUUGAAGGAUCACCACCGCAUUUUUCACGCAUACUUCGUUUAUCCGAACGAAAAGGGAGUUCGAGGCUCUGCCGUGUUCCUCUCAGCACUCAUCAGCAGUUUGCUUGAGCGGAAGUUGAUGGCUAUUUGCAGCUACGUGGCACGGAAGAACAGCGAGCCCAUGAUGGUUGCUUUGCUGCCGCAGGCAGAGUUGGAGGAAGAGGGUGAGCAACUGCGCCCGCCUGGUUUCGUAAUGAUCCGAUUACCAUGGGCGGAGGAGAUCCGCUCCCUCAGCUUUCCGUACCCACAUGGGGUACGGCCUGUACCCGAUGAACUGAAGGCUGCAGCUGCAGCAGUUGUAAACGCCCUCCGCCUGGACAAUUUCGCCCCUGGUUGUGCCGAGAAUCCUAAGCUGCAACGGCACUACGCAGCCAUUCAGGCCCUGGCUCUGCAAGAAGAGCAGCCAGAGGAGACUACAGACGUCCUGCAGCCUGAUGCAGCUACAUUGGCAAAGAAGAAGCCCAUCAUCGAAGCCUGGAAAGAAGGGACCAUGGCCACACUGGGCUGCACCGAGGCGGUGACGAAAUGUGCUCCAAAGCGUGCUGCCGAAGUGGCAGAAGGGCGUGCAGCGAAGUAUCCCAAGAGAGAGGUGCUAGACUUUUAA